CACAGGGCAUUGUUCCGUCUAUUCGGCGAUUGGCCGGGUCCAUUCCCAUCCCCUGCCAACCUCCCAGUUCAGCCUAUUCUUGAACACCCAUUCUCGACGAUGGCAACUCGACGGGCCCGCAAUCUUAUACUCUUGUUUUCGUCAGCUCCCCGGAUCCAACUUGAACUUGCCUGCACCGCUGUUGGCAGCGCUACCGUGCCGUUGGCUUCCCAUCGUCGGUUUUCCGCUCCUAGUUACGCUCUGCCCGCCCGGUCCCCCGUCUCUCCCUUCGUCGUCCUCCUCCUCGCCAGCAUCCCAGUAGCAUUUCUCUCCUCUAGAUUGUCGUGCCUCUCGCCUCGGCCCUGCUUGUCUAUCAGCCCUAGCCAUCCUGCUCCUCCGCACCUUGGGUUGGGUUGGGUUGCCUCGAAGCCGUCGCAUGAGACAACAAAGAAAGCAUCGAGAUGUACACGACGCAAAUUGCGCCCAUGGACAAUUCGUGACGUCGGCCUGGGACGGCACGCGAGGCUGCUCGGUUUAGUAGAUGUCGCCGCCCGCCGCUUCUAUUUUAUUUCUCGCAGGAUUCGACAAGGCCCAAGUAGGUACUCUUGGCCUUUGCCCGCACCCCUCCUCCCUGACGUCGAGCGAGUCUGGAGUCCCAGGGAAGACCGGGACGCGGCCGUCCUGAUUGGACCGUUCCCGCUAGGAAUUGCCUUCUUCGAUGUUCUCUCGAGCUUCUUUUAGCGUCUGGCCCAGGCAUCCUGGACCCGUCUCGAGGAGGGAGAAGGGGGAGGGGGGGUUUGGUGGGUGGU